GUACGGACAAUAAAUAUUGAUUGCGUCACUACGUCCUGCUUGAACGUGGCGGCGCCAAGCAGCACAGCCAACCAUGAAGUUUUUCCAUUGCCGUUGUUUAUCGGCGUUAUAUUUUCAAAUUUAAGUUAUCAAGAAAGAAUGUGAUUAUGCACUAAUUGUUACAUGACAGUGGAUGACUGACUGUGUUCCUGUUCAAACUGAUCAAAAAGCGGCUGUCACCGCGAAAUCUCAUGACUGCGAUGACCUGCAAAUUAAAUGGAUUGUUCAGCAUUGGCGAAGACUUUGAUGAUGAGGACCUGCUCGGGACAGACUGGGCUGGCCCAGCAGCGUCUGGACCCGCCAAAGUGGCAGCUGCUGUAUCAUCCUGUGCGCUGCGGGCUUCCUCUGCUGCUCACACAGAGCAGGAAGAAAAUUCCCUUCAGCAAACUGGAGAGAGCUCAGCUGCCCUCUGUAAUGGCACCGGAUCAGGGAACAGCAUGCAGACUGCUGUUGGACAAACUGUUGCUCUGGGUUUGAGGCAACCCGCCUCCACCCAACCGCACUCCCUCCGUCCCCCUGUACUAAAUAAUGCUCAGACUAAUUUGGCAUCACAGCAAAGCUGCUUUGACACUGAAGGGCUUCAGAAAGCCUGUGUGGCACAGGAUGAUUUUGAUGAUUGGGAUGUUGACUUGGCAGACUUGGAUGAGUGCGAUCCACAGAUGGGCGUGGGAGGCCACCUCCCACAGCCGGUUCAGCCCCCAGCUCCGUUCCCAGUUGCACCCACCACUGAGACUGGAUUGUUAUCCAAAAAGCUGCGGCCCCCGGCUUGUGGAGGGACUCAGACUCUACCUGGCAGGGGUCUGAGAGAGCUCAGCACUCCAUGCCACACACCUGGCUUGUCUGCUCGUAAUGUACCUCCUCCAACAUCCACUUCUCUCCCCGCACCAUCUCCAGCCCCCCGUCCUGUGUGCUUCUCAGCCCCUGCCCAGAGCCCUGGUGUUUUCCCUGGCCUCACUGCCACUUCCCACAUUUCCAGUCCCUUUCCCAGACCAGUCAGAGAGUCCCAGCAGCCACAGAGGCCGUGCACAACUCCAGCACCUUCCCCUCAGGGUCGCAGCUUGUUUGGUUCCAUAUCCCCAGCAUCUUCCUCCGUGACAUGCCCCGGCCUCAGCCCUCGUCCCAUUCACACACCGGUCCUCACCAAUCACCUGGUCCAGUUGGUGUCUGCAUCCAGUAAGCUUCCCAGGAAGAGGCCUCGCCCUGCCCCUCAGCAGCCCAGGACCCGUCGUUUCCCAGGCCCUGCCGGGCUCCUGCCACAGCAGCCUCAGGGCCAGAGCCUGGAUGACAUAGUGGUGUCUGUUCCCCAGACUCCUGCCCACGGUGCUGUGGCUCGUCUGCCAAACCAGCCUCCCAGCUCCCAGACUGAGGAAGAUGAAUUCAGUGGUGGUCCCUGGGCGGUGAUGAAGGCAGAAAUGGGAUUGGAUGAAAGGAACCCCUCAUGCUUCCUGCAUUCCUACAGUGUUGUCAUGGUGCUUCGCAAGGCUGCCCUGAAACAGCUGGCAAAAAACAAAGUCCCCAACAUGGCUGUGCUGCUGAAGAGCAUUGUCCACACAUACACCGAUGCCAAGGCUGUAUUUAAAGACCCAACAGGGGAGAUUCAGGGAACAGUGCAUCGGCGCCUCCUUGAGGACAGACUGGGGGAGCUCAAGCCUGGAGCGGUGCUGCUGCUCAAACAAGUGGGUGUGUUCUCCCCCUCCCAUCGGAACCAUUACUUGAAUGUCACGCCCAACAACCUGCUGAGGAUCUACCCCCCCGAUGGAGUCAGUCUGUCCUCCACUCAGCUCCCGCCGCUGGCCCUGGAGUCGGUGUUGCAUUCACCCGCUCAGCCUCCCAGCAGCCCGGUGGGCCCUGUGUCUCGCAUGCAGCUGGUGUUUGACGAGGACGAGGAAGAGGAGCAAGAGGAGGGACAGUGCAGGGAGGCUGGUCAAACAGCACAAGUCCCUGUGGACUCCAGAGCCGGCUCCUCCGGGACACCGGCCCCACAGGACCAGGGCUGGGAUGCAGAUGACGACUUGGAUGAACUCCUGGGAGAGUUACCUGAGGAAACCUACUGCCUCUGACAUGAACUUUACGGACUGUCUCUGCUGCUUUUGAGUUGGGCUUUUUCGCAUGGCUGACUAAAAAUAAACUUGUUUUCUCAAUUCGAUCUCUUCAAAAGCAGAGCCUCAUGAUUGCAGAACUACUUGUGAAAAUGUGUAUAUUGUAUAAAGACUUUCUUUGUGUUAAGUCAGCAGUCUCUGGUGUCCAUUUAAAAAAUAAAUCACACUACAGCAAAA